AACUGGGAGGAUGCUGCUCAACUUGUAGAGCCGGUUCCAUUUAAUAAAAGUAUUCUGUGCACGUGGGUCAGGAGUCCAGAGAUUGUUUUCCAGUGACUGGAGAAGAACAGUGUGUGAGCUACUAUCAGCAUCGGGUAUCUCACGCUGUGGAGAAGAUAAACGCUACUCCGGUAUCCGAGGAUGGCAGAGCGUUGGUCCCCCUCCAGCUCCAUUUACGCACUGCUCCUGGUGGCAUGGCUGCUGACAGGUCCCUCGGUCUCUGUGAGGAUUACAUCAGGAGGUCCACAGGCCAUCUAUGUGGCAGAAGGAGAUAAUAUCCUGAUCAGCUGUGUAUUCGAGCUGGACUCCGGUGACGCAGGAGAACUGGACAUCGAAUGGGCCAUCAUUAACCCAGACACCACCGAACGAGAUGUCAUUAUCCUGACAUACGUCCAUGGCCAGGUUUUCGAUUAUCCUUCGGUCUUCAGCAGCAGGUUCAGCUUCGUCGAGUCGGACCCACGCCAGGGGAACGCCAGUGUGAAUGUGCUCGCCCUGAGAAUCGGUGACACCAACACCUUCCAGUGCAAAGUGAAGAAGGCCCCAGGCAUCGACACCAGGAAGGUGACGAUGGGAGUGCACGUGCGACCUCAGGUCCCCAGAUGCUGGGCAGACCGCUCAGACCAGAACGUAGUGCUUCACUGCCACAGUGAUGUUGGAUCGCCACCACUCUCUUACACCUGGGACAGAACCAGUGGUGGCACCCAGGGCAUACCGCAGAGCUCCACCGCAGACAGUGGUUCAGGAACGUUGGUGAUCAGGAACACCACAGAGACAUUGGACGGGACCUACAGAUGCCGGGCACAGAACCUGGUGGGUCAGGAGGAGUGUGAGCUCGCCUUAGCUGCCCCUGCAGGGAAAAGUGAGACUGGUGUGAUAAUUGGAGCAGUUCUGGGAGCUCUCCUUGCUUUCCUGCUGUUGCUGCUCCUCAUCCUCCUCCUGUGCUGCUGUUGCCGGAAGCGUAAUCAGGAGAAGGACAAGCCUCAUGACAUCAGGGAAGAUGCUGCUCCCCCUCUCAGCACUGCGCCCAGCAUUCGCUCCAUCAAAAGUUACAAUGCCCACAAUGCUCGCAAACCUGGGAGGGUGACUUUCUACAAUGCUGUCCCUAUGGUUGACACCACACAGCCCCUAAAUUCAGACCAGCCUUUGCCAACCCGACGUUCGCCCAUGAGCCUGAAUGAGGGGUCGAGGCUGGACUUUGUGGUGUGAGGCCCAUCAAAUGUACCGUGGAGCAGAGUCCUAACAGCAUCGGGAGGUGUCUCCACGGCAGAGGAGGAGGGCGUCGUCAUGACGAAUAAGGGUCCUAAGGAAGGAGGGGGAUGGGGUCUCUCCGCAGUGAAGUGGGUGCUUUAGGAUGGUGAGGAGGGCAUCUCCAGGGCCCUAAGGAAGGAAGGUGUCUAUUGUGGCACGGCAUCUCCAUUGCGGUGCUAAAUCAGAGGAAGGUCCCAUAGAGGACAAGGUGCCACUGGGGUGGAGUUUCUCCCUGUUUGAGGUGGGUCACAAUGAUCAGAAAUUGUCCUUGGCAAUGGAUGUCCCCACAGUGGAGGUUAUCCAUGCAGUGGAGAAAGGACCCAUGCUCAGAAAGGCUCAUGGGCUGUGGAUUGGAGGUGGUCUCCACAGUGAAGGAGGCCACAUGGGGGAUGAAAUAGCCCAUGCGAUGAAAUGCCCCCACAGCUAUGGUUACUCCACCAUGGUUCAAAAGGCUCCUUGGCUGUAGAUUGUCCCCGCAGUACAGUCACGUUCCCAGAGUGAGUAAGAAUCCAGAGUGUGGUUAAUGGAUCCUUCAUGGAGGUGGUCUCGCGAAGGAGCACCGUUUGUACAAUGGAAAAGUCCCAGGUGUUUGUUCCAAUUGUGAAUGUUAAUUCCUAUUUGGGGGAGGAUGGGGCCACAGUGGGAAAUGAUCCACUGUCCAUAAGGUGCUGCGCAGCUGGAGGAUAUCGACAGUCAAGAGGGGCGCAUAAUGGAGGAAGGUCAAAUGGUUUAUAAAGAUCCAUUGCAGAGAGACCCCCAGGAGGAAGGGGAUGAUGUUAAGCGCAAUUAUCAACAUGGAUUGGUACAUUUUGUAAAUAAGAAAAAACUUGUACAAUACACAACUC